AAUUGGAGCAGGUAGAGCUUUUUAAGGUUUUCAUUUAUUGACUGAGACACUGCAGUGAUAUCAGCAUCAGAAAAAAAUGGGAUUAGAGUUCCCUCUGAUGGCUGUCCUCAUUACUACUCCAUUCUGUUUCUUAGAAAACAAUACUUGCUCUCAAACCAUUUUUAUAUAGUCUUACCAAAUCAAUAUUAUGUAUAUUUGACUGAUACCUUGAUAUCUUUAUAUAGCCUACCUAGACUUCAUAUAUAUUUUAACUCAUUUAUACGCAGGACUAUUCUAUAAUUUACAACCCGUUAUAAUUGGGCAAAACUGGUACUUUUAAACCAUAAAUAUCCCCAGUGGAGAUAUAAUGAUCCGCAUGUAGAGAAAGCCAGUCUUCAUUAAACAGCCUGGCGCAGGGGGGCUGCCUAAGGGUAAACGCUCGCGCGCAAAAUGCAUAGUAAGCAGAAUUGUUGGGAAAUCCACUCAUUUUCUAGCGUCCGCGCGCCGGCGACGGGGUAAUCGCGCUUUUCUCUGAAUAAGCUCAAACAAGAUAAGUUUCAAAACCCAAUGGCCGCUUAAAUUUCCCUCGGGGGGUAAUUAUGCAGCGCGAGCGGAGGUGACGUCCUAUUACUUUGGUCCCAAAUACGAACAAAUGCCACUAGAGUGACAGUCGGGCUAGAGUGAGGAGAGCAACGGACGUCCAAACUGGCGACCCGGAGUGAUGAAGAGGUCUUUGGGAUGCGGGGGAAAGGAAGGGAUGCUCUGCAGCGGUUGUUCAGUCACUGAAUCGUAAAAGAGGACAGAACAAUGAGCCUGUAUGGUUGAGACUGGAUAUAUCUGAAGAACAACGCAUCAUACUACUGCUGUAAGCUGAACGUUGCGGGAUUUUGCUCACUGCUUCAAAAGGAAUUCAUUGCCAUUUUUUUUUUCAACGUGGAUCUACUGCACCAUUCAGGUAUUUAAGGUAUGGGAUAUGGACCACACUGCAGCACCAAAAUGAGAAGUCUGUGGGUCGGUGUUUUGUUCAUAACUUUCACCUGCCAUCUGAGCCUCUCCCAGUCUACUACAGGGACUCCUAAAGAGUCAGAGCUCAAUGAUAACAUCACAGUAUUUACACGAAUCCUGGAUGGAUUGCUGGAUGGCUACGAUAACAGACUGCGACCUGGGCUUGGAGAGAAAGUGACUGAAAUUAAGACCAACAUCUUUGUCACCAGCUUUGGGCCAGUGUCAGAUACUGAGAUGGAAUACACCAUUGAUGUGUUUUUCCGUCAAAGCUGGAAAGAUGAGCGUUUGUGUUUCAAAGGGCCAAUGGAGAUGCUACCUCUGAAUAACCUGCUGGCCAGCAACAUCUGGACACCUGACACCUUUUUCCUUAAUGGCAAAAAAUCCAUUGCUCACAACAUGACUACGCCCAACAAGCUUCUAAGACUGAAGGAUGAUGGGACAUUGCUAUACACCAUGAGAUUGACCAUAUCAGCCGAGUGUCCCAUGCAGUUGGAGGAUUUCCCUAUGGAUGCUCAUGCCUGCCCACUCAAAUUUGGCAGCUAUGCCUACCCUAUCUCAGAAGUUGUGUAUAAGUGGACUAAAGGCCCUAGCAAAUCUGUGGUAGUGGCAGAGGAAGGGUCACGUCUCAACCAAUACCAUUUGAUUGGCCACAGGGCUGGUACGGAAGAUAUCAGCACAAGUAGAGGUCAAUACACAGUCAUGAUGGCCCAUUUCUACCUAAAGAGGAAGAUCGGUUACUUUGUGAUUCAGACUUACAUGCCCUGCUUCAUGACUGUCAUUCUGUCCCAAGUCUCAUUCUGGCUCAACCGUGAAUCUGUCCCUGCCAGGACUGUCUUCGGUGUGACUACAGUGUUGACCAUGACCACCCUCAGCAUCAGCGCCCGCAACUCUCUUCCCAAAGUGGCGUAUGCCACCGCCAUGGAUUGGUUUAUCGCCGUUUGCUAUGCCUUUGUGUUUUCAGCACUUAUUGAGUUUGCCACAGUCAACUACUUUACCAAACGCAGCUGGGCAUGGGAUGGAAAGAAGGCCUUGGAAGCUCAGCAGCCUAAAAAAAAAGACCCACUGGCGCUCUCCAAGAAGCCAAACAAUGCCUGUUCAUCCGGAGUUAACUUCACCCCCAACAUCACAAAGGAUGCAGCUAUCUCCACCAUCUCCAACAGCACCACUGUUCAGUUGAAGAGUGCUGAGACCAAGCCCGCAAUGGACCCCAAAAAGACAUACAACAGCGUCAGCAAAAUUGACAAGAUGUCCCGGAUAGUGUUCCCGGUCCUCUUUGGGACUUUUAACUUGGUCUACUGGGCCACAUACCUCAACAGGGAACCGGUGAUUAAAGGUGCCGUUUAACCCACACAAAAUACCCAACGCCACCGCAACAUUCCCUUCACAGCCUCUUUUUCUUCUCCACUUCAGUAUCCAGUGACAAGCUAAUCUUGCAAAAAUUGAUGACGAGCACUCAUUUACUGCACCUCUCACUUCGCUAAUCUAUAAAAGGAGUGCUCUUGUUGCAUUUCCCUCUUGAUAUCAUAAAUUGCAUGGGAAUAUAAUUGCCAUAUUUGCCUUGACUUCUUAUUUUAUAUUUCCCUGGUUUCCACUGGUUAUUGCAUUCAUUUUACAACGAAAUGAGUGCCAUACAAGCUACCAUUUCAUUCAUGAAAAGUUUCCAAAGGACCUGAACAAAAAUUAAUGCAUUUGGCAUCAACAUUAAUCACAGAAUAAAAAUGAUUUUUGAAAAGAAGUACAGCAAGGCCAAAUGCUAUGCAAAAACCUUUUUCUACUAUGUUGUAAUGGGUAAUUGCUUAUAAUGAAACCCUUGCUUUGUAUUAAUGGACUUGAGGCUUCUCUUCUUUAUGUUUAAUGGCUUUAGCAUCAGUGGAGUAAGGCAGACAGAUGCUAUGCUAAGUUUUUAGCCAUGCUAAAAAUAUUGCCUUCUGAGGGAUUACUUCAUAAGAGUGCUCGGAAAUGUCCCGCAAUUACUGAUUUCACUUUCAUUUGUCAUUUUUUCUAAGCUUUUCUGAAGUAGCUAAAUAGAAUUGCGCACCUUAGGCAGCUUUUCACACUUUAGACCAAGAUAUUCUGCAAGGUGAACAAGGUCGGGUUGCAGCUAAGACUUUCAAAUCAUUUGUACAUAGCUUGUGUAUGCUUUGCUUUUAAUGUAGAUGCGGCUUAACAUUAGUGAGGAAGAGCUGAAAAUGGUUCUGCUACGCUACUCUAAUGUGCAGCCAAAGCGACAUGAAUGGGAGCUAGCUUGCCGAUGGUGUAAACGCAGAUUGUAUUGUGAAAUAUUGUAGGCUUUGACAGAAUAUGCCAUUUCUUUACAGUUAAUUGUUUUUAACUUGGCUUUUCAUGCUGUUUAGGUGACAGACAUUUUCUUACUUUUCUCUUUGUUGUAAAUUGGUCAGUGGGUUUUGAGGUUGGAACAAGUCAGCAAAAGCCUUAAAUGUUGACACCUAGUGAUUUUUUUUUUUUUGCGCUACCAAGACUAAUGUGAAAUGAUCAGGUAAAAAGCUCUGAAAGAAAAAUGAAAGAAACAUUUACAUAGAAUAAUUCAUUUUUUUCAGAUUCUAAAAACGUAAAGAAAGGAAAAAAAGAGAGAAAGAAAGUCAGACAUAUAGUAGAAAGGUGGAACCUGCUGUUGUCAAGCAUGUUAAAAUGGAAAUGUCACACUCUGGCCUUCAACCGAAAUGCAUGGCUACUUACUUGGGGAAUUACAUGGAGGAGAGAACAAUGACCUUGUUACUGCGAAAAUGUGACUCGGGAAGAUUCGGUUGUUAUCCUGUAAUCAUUCUAUUCUGAACUUGUUACAUGGAAGUGAGACAAAAAACUAGGUGAGCCAAUAGAUGAUGUGUAGCUCAUUAAGAGGCCAACUACAAGAGCCAUUAAGCUCAGCUCCUCUGUAUGCCACUCAGGCCUAUAGGCGAAUGAAUCAUGGGUAGAGUUCAAGUGAGUCAGUAAUGUGCCCUUUUAUAACAAUGGAUGUUUCCAGAAAUGUACAGCUGUUCCUCAAAGCAUACAUGUCUGAAGCAAUAAAUUCUGCCUGAUAUGUUUCUUGA